AUGAACCCUGCCGUGCUCGCUACCGACGCUUCCGUUGGCUCCCUCGUCUCCGGCCUGUCUGCCCGCCUCGUCGACCCCAAGACCGGCAUCGACGUUCCCGUUCACCCCGAUUCCACAGGCGAGAUGUGGGUCCGCGGCCCCAACAUCAUGAAGGGCUACUGGCGCAACCCGACCGCGACGGCGGAUACGAUGAGCGACGGAUGGCUGAGGACCGGUGAUAUGGCGAGGGUCGAGAAUGGCCGCUGGUUCAUUGUUGAUCGCUUGAAGGAACUUAUUAAGGUCAAGGGCUUCCAGGUUGCACCGGCGGAACUGGAAGGACUGAUACUGGAGAACCUUAAGGUGGCUGAUGUGGGUGUGGUGGGCGUUGUUGUUCAGGGUGAAGAGUGCCCGAGGGCCUAUGUUGCGCUCAAGCAGGGGAUGACGGCGACGAAGAGGGAGAUCGCCGAGUUUGUCGAGAAGCAGACCACCAGGUAUAAGUGGCUCACUGGAGGCGUUGUAUUUGUGGAUGAAAUACCUAAGAAUCCGUCGGGGAAGAUCCUUAGAAAGGCCCUGCGGGACCUUGCGGCGAAGGAUUCGAAGCUAUAG